GGUGGCUGUAGUAUUGUUGAAUGAUGAUAAUACAAAAUUGCGAAUAAUUCAUGUUUUUUUUUUAAAACAGAACUUUGCUUAGUUUAGCCGCUCAAAUGUCCUCUUUAAAUGGCUUUAAUAAUGACAAACUCUCUCUAUAAUUAAAGUAAAUUUUGUCUAGUUUAUAGUGAAGUAAUUGUUAAUUACUUAAUUUAAAUAUUACUUUUGUUAUCGCUUCCAAUUCAACAAAAAAACAUGGCUCUCUUAAAAAAAAACAACUUGGAUUUACUACUUUUCUGCUGAAAAUUGGCCCAUCGUUUUUAUGAACUUUUUUGUAGGUCUUAUUAAAGCCUGCUAUCACCCCUAUUAUAAUUUCCCUCUACUUUCAGGACAAUAAAUGUAUGGCAAUAAAUUGACUCUAAUUUUAGUAUUAAAUAAAUUAAACACUUUUAUACUCUACACAAAACUAGAGAUGUUAUUCAUCUUUUAAACAUAUGAGAUAUUUUGAGAGAAUUCAUUUCAUUUGCCCAGGAUCAAUAGUCAAUGUACACAAAUUUUAAUUUUCAAUCCAAAUGCCACUUAAUAUGUUUCCAUGGUAGCAUCAAGUUUGCUCAAUACAUACCCAUAUGUUAGUGUGUUCAUUGAUAUAAUUAAUGUUUGUUUUAAGCUGGUUGGUUAUGUUGUCAUUUUAUUGUAUAAUGUCAAAUAAUUUAUGAAUGAAACUACAGAAAUUUCUGUUGAGAUAUUUUCCACCUGGUAAUUAUGAACAACAAAUAUAAAAUUUUGUUACUUCUUAUUUUAUCUACCACUUACUAAAGCAAUUUUUAGGCCUUGGAUUGGAAUAUUCCCAAAGAGGGGAGAGAAAGAAAAAAAUGAUUAAUCUUUUACAUUUAACAACCAGUACAGAUAUUAUGAAUUUGGGCAAAUCAAUAAUGGAUAAUGAGCCACUGGUCACUGAAUCUGUGAAACCUCAGUUAUUAUCGGUUCUCGCCAAGCUACAGAAAAAGUUAUUUGAUGAUAUCAACAACCAAUAUAUCCAGCAUCGAACUCUUGAUUAUCAUGACAUGCCAAUAACUCAAGUAGCUGUUAACAAAGAUGGAUCCAAGUGCAUUACUGGAAGUUUUGAUCAAACUUGCAAAGUAUGUGACACUGAAACCGGAGAUGUUUUAUUGAAUCUUUCUCAUACUGGGAUAAUUUAUGGAGUUUCUUUUAAUAACCCUUAUGGGGAUCGAAUCAUGACUGCUAGUUUUGACCGAACAGCCUGCAUUUGGGAUGCUGAAACUGGAAAGCGGUUAUUAACAUUGUUUGGUCACAAAGAUGAAGUAGUAGUUGCCAAAUAUGAUCCCAUUGAUAAUCUUGUUGGAACUGCAUCCAUGGACCAGACUGCAAAAAUUUUUGACUUUGAAACAGGGGAGGAGCUGUGGUCGAUAGAGGAACACAGAGAUACAAUUAUUUCACUCCAAUUCAGUAACGAUGGAAACACCGUGUUAACUGGAUCUUUUGACAGUAACAUCUUUUUGUGGGAUAAGAGAACCCAUAAAAAGGAGGUGGCUUUUGAAGAUCAUAAGGCUGAGAUAAGUAAUUGUUGUUUAAAUUUUGAGAGCACAUUGGUUGGUAGCGGUUCUGUAGAUAGUACAGCCAGAGUUUGGGAUGUACGAACUCAGAAAUGUCUUUUAACGCUGAUGCAUGAUGAUGAGGUUGUUUCUGUUGAUUUUGAUAAGACUGGAAGGAAGUUUGCAACAGCAUGCACUGAUGGGUUAGCAAAAGUAUUUGACCUUUCUCUUGAUAAUGGAAAACCUACUUCAAUACUGACAGGACAUACCAAAGAACUUUCAAAAAUCACUUUUACUCCUGGUGGUGGUUUUGUAAUCACUUCUUCUUCAGAUGGUACCGUAAGAUUGUGGCAUUGGGAUACUGGUGUUUGUGCUCAAAUUCUUACACAUCAUAAGGAUGAAGUUUAUGAUUUUGCUAUCUCAUACGACGGGUCGGCUCUUGUUACUGCCUCUAAAGAUUGUACUAGUCAAAUUUUUAAGCGUUCUCCUAGUUACUGCGAUCAGUAUGAAACUAUGUUUAAAGACAGUGAUUCCUUAUAGUUGAUUUCUAUGGCUGUGAAAGGGAUGUGUCGGAAAAAUAAUUUAGAAUUUUUAAAUAAAUAUAAUUUUAUUUUAAUAUA